AUGGCGCCCACGAACGAAACAUCAUUCUCCGCCCAUGUGGCAAACCAGUUUACAAGCUAUGAGAAAGACCGGCAGAUGGAUUCGACGCAGACUGUGUACGCCUCGGCCAACGGCGCUCCCCAAGCUCAUGCCUACGAAUCUCAACGAGUUGGCGAGAAUGGCCCCCUCCUGCUGCAAGACUUCCACCUGAUCGACCUCCUCUCCCACUUCGACCGUGAGCGUAUCCCCGAACGUGUUGUUCACGCCAAGGGCAGCGGUGCUCAUGGAUUUUUCGAAUGCACCAACCCCGCCGAUGACAUUACUAUGGCCGAUGUGUUCAGCACCAAGGGCAAGAAAUGUCCAGUGUCAGUACGAUUCUCCACGGUCGGUGGCGAGAGUGGUUCUCAUGAUUGCGCUCGUGAUCCUAGAGGCUUCUCCGUCAAGUUCAGGACUGAAGAGGGCAACUGGGACCACGUUGCCAACAAUACCCCCGUCUUCUUCCUGCGCGAUCCAGCAAAGUUUCCUCACUUCAUCCACACUCAAAAGAGAGAUCCGCAAACUCACCUUACCCAUGCCGAUGAUUCUACUUUGUUCUGGGACUAUCUAUCCAACAAUCCCGAGUCGAUUCAUCAGGUCAUGAUCCUCAUGGGUGAUCGUGGCAUUCCCGACGGUUACCGAUUCAUGCACGGCUAUUCAGGUCACACGAUGAAGCUCGUAAACAAGAGUGGCGAGUGGGUUUAUGCUCAGAUCCAUAUGAAGUCUCAACAAGGUACGAAGUUCAUCACGCAAGAGGACUCCGCCACAAAAUCUCCCGACUAUUCGCAGAAAGAUCUUUUCGAGGCUAUUCAGCGCGGCGAAUUUCCCAAGUGGAGUGUGGAGGUGCAAACCGUAACGCCGAAACAAGCAGAGGAGAUGUGGGAAAAGCAGAAGAUUAACGUGUUCGACCUGACACACGUCUGGCCCCAGAAGCAAUUCCCUCUCCGUAAAAUCGGCGAGUUCACACUCAACGAGAACGCGAUCAACUACUUCGCCGAAAUUGAGCAGCUCGCAUUCUCACCGUCACAUCUUGUGCCAGGUAUUGAGCCUUCCGCCGAUCCUGUCCUCCAGUCUCGGCUGUACUCCUAUCCCGACACCCACCGUCAUCGUCUGGGUGCCAACUAUCAGCAGCUGCCCGUCAACGCUCCUCGCACUGCCUAUAAGUUCGGCAACUUCCAACGUGACGGCCCUAUGGCAUUCUACAACCAAGGUGCUCGCCCGAACUACAUCAGCUCGCUGGAUCCAAUCCAGUUUCGCGAGCGCAAGGUUGACCUCGACUCAACCCAUGGACACUUCGUUGGCAAUGCCAUCUCAUUCUUGACGGAAAUCCGUCCAGAAGACUUCAAUGCACCCCGUGCUUUGUGGGAGAAGGUUUUUGAUGAGCCUGCUCGUGAACGAUUUGUAAACAAUGUGGCCGGAAAGAUGGAAGUUUGCCCGGACAAGGAGAUCCUCAAGCGCCAGAUUACAAUCUUCCGCGAAGUCAGUGAUGAUCUUGCCUCUCGUAUCGAGAAAGCUACUGGAAUUAAAGGAUAUGCCGGUAUUGCCGACAUUCAGUUCAACGGCACCCAUAACGGCAUGAAGAAGGGUGGUGCUCUUGCGACAGGUUUGAAGGCUAGGACCAGUGGUUACAACCCAGAAAACCCGAACGGCGCUCCCAUCACGAACAGUCAUGCUGGAAUAGCUGCUCACUGA